UUUGGGAGAUCUAGUUUUCAUGUAUAACUAGAUUGUACGGUAGUAUACUACUAUGCACAUGUUUUUCAGUUUUUGUGCGCGCCUUGGUUGAUGGUAGGCCCCACUGAAAGCAGUUUCCUGUGUCCAAUUCCCUCUCAAUCACAGAUCUCAAAUCGUUUUAUAUCAACCCCUUUGCUUCCACCAUUGUAUCACGCUCCCAGCUUCUCUCCGGCGAUCUGCGUUCUCCUCCAGACCUCCACUCCUGCUGCUGCGUUGCGUGCAAGGGUUUAGUGCUAAUAAUAAGAAUAAAUGGCUGCCCGGAAACCUGGUUUGAUUGCAUUGUUUGAUGUUGAUGGGACUCUUACAGCCCCAAGGAAGGUGGUGACUCCAGAGAUGUUGGCGUUCAUGCAAGAUCUAAGGAAGGUUGUAACAGUUGGAGUUGUGGGCGGUUCUGACCUUGUAAAGAUAUCUGAGCAACUUGGCAGCACAGUUACCAAUGACUAUGAUUAUGUAUUUUCUGAGAAUGGUCUUGUGGCUCAUAAGGAAGGAAACCUCAUUGGAACCCAGAGCUUGAAAUCAUUCCUUGGUGAUGAAAAGCUCAAGGAAUUUAUUAAUUUCACACUUCAUUACAUUGCUGACUUGGAUAUCCCUAUUAAGAGGGGAACAUUCAUAGAGUUCCGUAGUGGAAUGCUGAAUGUGUCGCCAAUUGGGCGAAACUGUAGCCAAGAAGAAAGAGAUGAAUUUGAGAAGUAUGACAAGAUUCACAACAUUCGUCCAAAAAUGGUUGAGGUGCUUCGUGAAAAGUUUGCUCAUUUUAAUCUGACAUUUUCCAUUGGAGGGCAGAUAAGCUUUGAUGUUUUCCCCCAAGGUUGGGAUAAAACAUACUGCCUUAGAUACCUUGAAGAUUUUAAUGAAAUUCACUUCUUUGGUGACAAAACUUACAAGGGUGGAAAUGACCAUGAAAUCUAUGAAUCAGAAAGGACUAUUGGUCACACAGUUACAAGCCCUGAAGAUACCAUGAAGCAGUGCACAGCUCUCUUCCUUAAAAAUUGAAUUUGCUGAAGCAAUGUUUCCAUUGAGAACCGCCAUUGAGGAAGUAUAAAAUACACGUUUACAUAUGAUCAGAAGACGCAGACAUAAUCACUGUAAUUUUGGUUCCCCUAUUUUGUAAUUUUGUUGCCAUUUUUAUAUAUUGGAUUUGAUAAAUAAGCAUGUCAUUCAGUUAAA